ACACACUGCUAGUUCAUGAUGACCGUAUUAUGAUCAUGUAAUGGUGAUUAUAUACCAAGUUAUCAUCUAAUUAAAUAAAGCCUUUAUUGUUAAUGAAAUAUAAGGCCAUCUUUUGAAUAUGUAUAUAUAUGUAUAAUUAUAAUCGUAUAAUACUUGGACACUAGAAGCCAUUUGUAUGUACAUUUUGAAGGGUACAGCACGUACACAGAACAAGCACCUGUUUGGUGUUUAUAUCGCCCAUGUCAAGGGCGUGAGCAGUCGCCUCCGGCUUGGUUCUCUUCAUCCACCUCUUCUUCCUCUCCUGCCACAAUGAUGGCCACCGCACACUGUUCAGGCUGCUCCAGUGCCGGCGAAGAAGCCCUACAUGCCGAGGAGGCGUCCAGCGCCCACGUCGCGAGCAACUCUGGCUGCGGCAAGCCACCCUGGUCGUCGUCGGAAUCCAAAGCCAAGCUGUUCCAGGAAUGGAACCGCGCGUUCCUCCUGGUGUGCGCCGGCGGUCUCUUCGUCGACCCCCUCUUCUUCUACGCCCUCUCGAUCAGCCGCACGUGCAUGUGCGUCUUCAUCGACGGGUGGUUCGCCGUCACGGUCACCGUGCUGCGCUGCACCAACGACGCGGUCCACCUACUGAACUUGUGGUUGCAGGUGCGGACGGCGGCCUACGACGCAGGGCGCAGAGCAAGCGCGGACGAGGAGGGGUGCAAGGCCAUCGCCAAGGUUCGCCGGCUCAGCUUCUUGAAGUCGGUUCUCUUCGACCUCUUCGUCAUCCUCCCGGUGCCUCAGGUUGUCAUGUGGAUCGUAGCUCCUGCCCUGAUACGCAGAGGGAUGACGACCACCGUAAUGACCGUCUUCUUGAUCAUGUUCCUUCUUCAAUACCUCCCCAAGAUCUACCACGCCUUCUGCUUCCUCCGCCGGCUGCAGAACCUCCUAGGCUACAUCUUCGGUAACAUUUGGGGCGGCAUUGUUCUCAACCUGAUCGCCUAUUUCGUGGCAUCCCAUGCUGCAGGCGCUUGCUGGUACUUGCUGGGGAUUCAGAGGGCCACAAAGUGCCUCAACCAACAGUGCAUGGCAACGGAGGGGUGUGCACUAAGAACAGUGGCAUGCACGGAUCCAAUGUACUACGGAGUCACAGAGAGGCAGAGACUGGCGUGGGCUGAGAACAAGAAGGUAAGGUCUAUGUGCCUUGACAGCAGCGAUAACUUCGAGUACGGAGCUUACAAGUGGACUGUGGCCCUCGUGACGAACCCUAGCCGAGUCGAGAAGAUCUUGCUGCCAAUCUUCUGGGGCCUUAUGACCCUAAGCACAUUUGGGACGAUCGAGAGCACCACCGAAUGGCUCGAAAUCGUCUUCAACAUCAUCAUCGUGACGAGCGGACUGCUGCUUGUGACAGCAUUGAUCGGGAAUAUCAAGGUCUUCUUGCACGCAACGACGUCCAAGAAGCAAGCGUUGCACCUGAGGAUGAGAAGCCUGGAGUGGUGGAUGAGGCGGCGCCACCUGCCGCGCGGGUUCCGGCAGAGGGUGCGGCAGUACGAGCGGCAGCGGUGGGCGGCCAUGAGAGGCGUGGACGAGUGCGAGGUGACGCGCAACCUCCCCGAGGGGCUGCGCAGGGACAUCAAGUACCACCUCUGCCUCGAUCUCGUUCGACAGGUGCCGCUGUUCCAACACAUGGACGAGCUGGUGCUGGAGAACAUCUGCGACAGGGUCAAGUCGCUCAUCUUCCCCAAGGGAGAGACGAUCACGAGAGAAGGAGAUCCAGUGCAGAGGAUGCUGUUCGUGGUCCGAGGACACCUCCGGAGCAGCCAAGCCCUGCGCAACGGCGUGAAGAGCCACUGCAUGCUGGGGCCGGGCAACUUCAGCGGCGACGAGCUGCUGUCGUGGUGUCUCCGGCGGCCGUUCGUGGAACGACUCCCUCCGUCGUCAUCCACUCUGGUGACGGCGGAGACCACGGAGGCGUUCGGGCUGGGCGCCAGCGACCUCCGGUACGUGACGCAGCACUUCCGGUACACCUUCGUCAGCGAGAAGGUGCGGAGGAGCGCCCGUUACUACUCCCCCGGGUGGAGGACGUGGGCGGCGGUGGCGAUACAGCUGGCUUGGAGGCGGUACAGGCACCGCCUCACCCUCACCUCCCUCUCCUUCAUACGACCUCGGCGCCCUCUUUCUCGCUGCUCGUCCCUCGAAGAAGACAAGCUCAGGAUCUACACCGCGCUCUUGACGUCGCCGAAGCCCAACCAAGACGUCGUUGCCGCCUAAUCAUCGAUCAAUAUGUUCUGCUUUUAUCUUCGGCGAAAAGAAACAGUUAAUAAUAUACCACUAUAUUA